GUGACCGCUUGGGUUAGAGCGUAUUCUGCUCUUUCUGUCUACUCGCCGUUUGGAGCUGGACCAAGAAGUGAGUGGUUCGUCGCUCACCGCAGGGUGAAAGAGGGUGUUGGAGUAUAGAAAACUUGGGAAUCGAAGAGAGGAAACACGAGAUGGAGAUUUAGACCAGGAAUUCGUCUACCUCAAAACCUUUUCAUGUUCCUGUACAUUGGACUCCGAAACCUGACGCAAACUUUUCUGUCUUUGUUAACGUGUUGGCGAGGUGUGGUCGGUUUUAUCGGUUUUAUUUUACUUUCCAAACUGUAAAUAACGGCGAGAUGGUGCUGUUGCCAGAAAAUAGCGAUUUGACAUUAUCAGAAUUACGUGAGAUAGCCGCCAGGCAACAACAACAGAUCGAAGCUCAACAACAACUGUUGAUAGCCAAAGUACAAAGACUGAAAUUUCUAAAGCAGCAAGAGGCUCGGCAUCACCAAGAGGCACAAACGACAGAAAACGAACGACUACGAUUUUUUCAAGAAAAACUUGAAUCACAAGAAUUAAAAUUGCGUCGAUUAAGGACUCUCAAUGGACAAGUCGAACAGCAGAGAGCUAACAACAACAAAUUAUCAUCCGAAUUGGAAUCAGUACGGCUUUUGUUUGCUGAGAAAGAAAAAGAAUUGUCAUCAGCAAUUCAAAAAGUUGGUGAUUUGACACUUCAGUUAGAUGAGUUAAGGCAGGGAAAUCUGAAUGAACUCAAAAAUGAUAAUGUUUCCAUUUCUUCCUCAACUCAAGAGCUUGUUAAAUUACGGCAUGAGCUGUUGUAUCAUACAAAGUUAACUGAACAACAAAACACUCGAAUAACACAACAGAGGAAACUCAUAACACAACGUCAAGAUGAAGUAAUGCGUGCAGAUCAAAGGAUAUGGGAACUGAAACAAAGACUGCAUCGUAAACAGCUACAUAAUCAACAACUCUCCAAGCAAUUACAGAUGACAGUCACAGUUCCUAAACAAGGUGUUUCAAAACAAUUGAGACCAUUAAGCUGUAAUGUUGCUGCAGUUGAACCAGUUAGGAGACCCCAAGAACCAGAAAGGUCUCAAGAUGAUAUUCAUGCAAAAUUGACUAGUAUUGAUGAUUUCAAAGAAUUUUUUCCAAAUAAGAAUGAUCCUAAGUAUCAAACACUGCCUUAUAAUACUAAAUUUGCUGUAAGAAAUGGAACUCCUCCUGACGAACCUGAUUCAACUGUACCUAAAGUGGAUAAUAGACCUGUGGCAUUUAUGCCACCUGAUAUUGAAAAGGGAAAUAUGCUCAUUGCAAAAGCUGUUCCUGCUGGAAACAUCUCCCCAUCUAACGUUUCUUCAAAUAAGUCUUAUCCAUCAUCUAGGAUAAACCAUUUUACUCCUCGCCCUUAUGGCCCUGUAUAUAAUUUAAGUCAAGCCUCACCACUUCCUGUUUCUGGAAGUAAUAGUACUGCUGUCGUUCAUCCUGUCAUAACAAGUAGUAAUAAUUAUCAACCAUCCAAUACUGCAACAUCACUUCCCUACAGUCCAAUUAAAAGCAAUAAUACAUUCAAUAGUAGUGUGAAUCAAACAGAAAGAACAGAGAAAUCUAAUUAUAUUACAACAAAUUCAACUAUAUCCACAAAUUCAAUUCCAUGGGUAAAAUCAUUACCUGGAAAAAGUGAAAAUGCCAAACUUUUACCUGAGAGCAGUUCAUCUACACAAAACAAACCAAUAGUUCCUCCUAAACCAGUAAAACCUCUUCCUCCUCCAAGGCAGAUACAUACAGAAGGAAAUUCUGGAGAUAAACAAGAAAAUGUGGAUUUAGCAUUAGCUGUCCUUAAAAGUUCUGGAUUAGAAAAUACAAGUGGAUUUAGUGGCUACAAGGAGCGUCUGCUCUACUAUCAGUAUUUCCCAAGAUACUCUUUGAGAUCAGGAAUAACUAAAAAUAGUCAUUUAGAUAAGAAGGAACAACCAAAGCAUGAUGAUGGCUCAUUUAACGAUUCUGAAAAUUCAACAUCAAAUUUAAGAGAAGAUUCGAGUCAAAAAAGAACAGUAAUUGGACAACUACCAAUUCAGCCAAAACCACUGACAAUUAAGAAACCCAUUGGUGUUGAACCGCCUCGUCUUAGAAGUAGUAUUCCUAUUUUAUCUUCACAUAAGCGAACAGGGGAAUCAAAUUUGCAAUCACAUUCUUUACUUCAAUUUAAUAAGCAUACACAUCAUAAAAAUGAUCAUUCUCUAAAUCUACAGUCAACUGAAAGUGAACAUACCUCUAGCGAUACUUCAGAAAGAGAAAACAAUAGCAAUAGUUCUGGGACAAGUAUUACUGAUAGAUUAUCAGAAGUUAUAGAAACUGUAUCAUCACUUGAAAACAAUGAAAAAGAGGAAGAAAAACAGAAGGAUGAAGAAAAUAAAACAGAUUUAACAGAAACACAAUUAGAAAAAGAUGAACCGUUUAGUCAUUUUAAUGACAUUAUUAAUCUGGACAAUGAAAAUAACAUUAGAACUGAAGGGGAUGGUGAUUCUGGUUGUGAAACUGUUCCGCCAAGCAAUUUAUCGUAUACGUGUGAACCAAAAGCCAUAACAGAACCUUCUUCCCAAGAAAUUUCUACUAACGAGCAUGAACCUGUUGCUUUAAGGCGUGUUAAGAAAGGCAAUUUGAAAACAAAAGAUUCUGCUAAAAGUCCCAGAAGAGUUAGCUUUGAUCCAUUAGCUCUCUUAUUGGAUGCUGCAUUAGAGGGAGAAGUAGAAUUAGUUAAGAAAACUGCUUGUGAGGUUCCUAAUCCAAGUGCUGCUAAUGAUGAAGGAAUCACAGCAUUACAUAAUGCCAUUUGUGCUGGUCAUUUAGAAAUUGUCACAUUUUUAGUUGAAUUAGGAUGUGAUGUGAACACUCAGGAUAGUGAUGGCUGGACUCCAUUGCAUUGUGCUGCUUCCUGUAAUAAUCUUCCAAUGGUUAAGUACUUAGUUGAGCAUGGUGCCUGUAUUUUUGCAACUACUUUAAGUGAUCAUGAAACAGCUGCUGAAAAAUGUGAAGAAGAUGAAGAUGGCUUUGAUGGUUGUUCUGAAUAUCUUUAUAGUAUUCAAGAAAAACUAGGCAUUAUGAAUGGUGGAGUUGUCUAUGCAGUAUAUGAUUAUGAACUACAAAAUCCUGAUGAACUGAGUUUUCAAGAUGGAGAUAAAAUAGUAGUUCUGAAAAAAGGAGACGAAUUAGAAAGAGAAUGGUGGUGGUCUCAGCUAAACAAUCAGGAAGGAUAUGUCCCUCGAAAUUUACUUGGAUUAUAUCCGAGGGUGACAGCUAGGAAGAAUCAAUAAAUUUACCAAUUAUAAAUCAUCAUUGUCUUAAAUUAAUGCAGCUAUAAAACUUUUCAAUACAGAUUCUUCUAAAAAUCUAUGCAAUAAAUGGUUAUGAAUGCCAAAGAUUCAAUUAAAAUUGUUUACAAAGAACAAAAUUCAUAUCUUUAUGACUUCAUUAUUUUAUAAAAAUAAAAUUUUUAUAAAAGUGGCAUAAGAAAGACAGUUAUAUUUUUUAAAAUUUUACAUCCCUUCUAAGUACUUAGAUAUUAGUAAAUAGAUUACUAAUAUUUUGUAAAGGUAACAAGUUUUGAUACUUGACUGUUGUUGGUGUAGUAAUGUCAGUUCAAGAAAGUUCUUUAUGUUUAAUUAAAUGUAGUAUGUACAAUCAUUGGGGAAGUUGCCUGGAUAAGCAAGCCAAUGACAUAGCUUGUUUCAUAUGAAACAGCAUACGUCUCAGUUUGCUUAUCCAGCUGUGUAUUCUUUACCAGACAUACUCAUUGAUGCAGCUCAUUUGUGUUAAAAGUUGCCCUAACAUUACAACAACUAAUAUCAGUAGUCAAGUACCAAAACUUACCUAGUGUUAUGUGAAAAUUUGACAUGUGAAAUAAUUUGGAAAUAUGUUUUGAUAAUUACCGAUUGUGUACUUAAAUGGCAGCUACAUAUUCAAAGUACUCAAUAUGCAAGAUGUUAAAUUAUUUACAUUUUUCUUGGAAGAAUUUACAAAACAGAUCAAUUGUUUUGAUUGAAAAAGCAUACGUGGAUAUAUGUGAUUGUUUCUUAUCCGUCCAUAAGAAGAAGAGUGCAGAAAUUUAAUCGGCAUUAUUCUGGGAGUGAAUGAACUUUUUCCAAUUGAAAAAAUAUUCUAAAAUUUUAUUAAAGUGUUAAAAUUUGAUUAAAUAUAUGUGCCUAACAAUUUGAUGAUACAAAACUAUUCUACUGUAUUAAACAAUAGAUAAAAAUUAUUGAGAAUAUUUGAUGAUAUAUUUACAUUUAAAACUAAAAUGUAUUUUUAAUAUUAUUAUCAAACAUGUCAAUAAUUUUGGGUAAUUUACUUGUAUUACGUUUAUUACUAUUAAUGGUAUUAUGUAGAUAAGUCAUGUAAAAAAUUAACUAACUAUAUUAUAAUUUUAAAUUUUAGAAUUAUAUUACAACCAAAUCUAAUUAAGCAUUAAUUUGUUGGUAAAGUAUGAAUGUGUUAUUGCAAUUUAUUGUUCAGAAUACAAAGUGUAUAUUGUUUCUGAAAAUUUGCAUUUAAAAUUGAUAUACUGUUACAUCACAUUUAACUAUGCUAUGCAAAUUUUAGGAAGAUUUUUAUCACUUAUUAGGUAUGUCGGUAAUUUAUUGUUUAUCAUGUACAUAGAAUAAUUCCGAAGCAUAUUAUUUCUACUGUAAAUAGUGUAUUUUCCAUUAGUGUUUCGUACCAAUCUGCCAAGAAGUGACUCGCAGUUUAAACAUGUAUUUUUUCGAAAUUGAAUUCAAAGCAUUGUAAAAAUUAGUCAUUAAAAUAAAACUUAAUUUGAGUUUUCAGUGUUCAUUUUUUGUUUGUUCUAAUUUUGUUCUCUUUAUAUCUAAACUUACAUACACCUGCAAAUAAUGCUGUCAUCUGCCUUAUUUAAUUAAAAAUUCUUAUCCCACGAUUUUCCGUUCUUUUUCUUUUCUAUUUAUAUUGAAGAGAUGCCAAAACAUUACAAUAAGACCUCAAUCAAAUACUGUUUCAAUGAAAAAAAUUUCUAUUAACAAUCAAAUUAAUAGGACAAAACUAGUCAUAUACCAAAGUUAGAUUUGGCAGACGUAACUGCAUUUUUUACUAGCUUAAUUGUUUAUUAGGAGUAAUAGAUGUAUUACUGUAGAUUUAUUAAAAAUGCAAGGCUGUGUUGUUUAUAUGGCAAGAAGAUAAAGAACAAUAAGCAAAUGACAGAAGGAAGCAUACAACCAUGCAUGGAAAAGAAAAUAAAAAUGGUAACCAUAACUAUGAACAAACAAGGAUUUAAAAAUCUUUCAACUACAAAAAAGUAACUGUUUUUAUUUUAGAAAAAUUUCAGCCAAAUCAGCUGGUGCUCUAAAAAUUUACUAAUCAUUAACAGAUGUAGGA